AGGCGGUCCGGCUCGCCUCUGCUUGUGCUUCGUGGAGUUGGGUCCCGUCGGCCCGGCCGGUGUCUUGCUCUAGUAGCUGGGGAGGAGGGGGUUGCGCUGUUGUCUCGAGCAUGUCAGCACGGCUUAGGCAGCUGUGGCUCGCGUGUGUGCUGCUGGUCCAGGGCAAAUGGCAGAACUAAACCCGAGCAGCUAACCUGUUGUGGGACUCUGCUCUCGUCGAGAUCCAUUCAUAGGGUCGCUUGCCCAGUCUACCGGCAACGGUAGCUUCUUCACACGUUCUGAAUUGAUGUUAGUGGUGCCGGCACUGCGGGAUUGGUGUUGGCAUUGUCCGGAGAGCUCUUGUAGUCAUCAUUUGUUGUUGUCUUUUCUUUUAAUUUCUGAUAAGCAACGUUGAGAGGUUUCUUUAAAGUAAUUUCAAAGUUAAAUGGUGAUUUUUAAUUGUUUGAUUUGUUUUCUGUUCCUAGAUCACCUUUUAUGAACUGAUGGUGUUGAAGAGGAAACUGAAUGAAUGGAACAGUUAGGGCAGAUAGGAAGCUUGCCCUUCAUGCUCUUGGUUUACUAUAGGACACAAAUAAUAAUCUAUUUCUGAAGUGACCUGGAAUCAUUGGAGCUGUGUGUGCUGAGGAACAGCUUCUUCCUCUUUGAAGCUGCGAGGGCACAAUGAUGGAUAACCGUUUUGCUACAGCAUUAGUAAUUGCCUGUGUUCUCAGCCUAAUCUCCACCAUCUAUAUGGCAGCUUCCAUCGGCACUGAUUUUUGGUACGAGUAUCACACCCUGUCUCCAGCUGAGAAUGUUAGUGAAGCUGGCAAAAGCAUCUGGGAAGAAUUCGUCAGCGAAGAGGCAGAUGAGAAGACCUAUACAGAUGCACUCUUCCGGUGCAAUGGCACAGUUGGAUUGUGGCGGAGGUGUAUCACUGUACCCAAGAACUCUCACUGGUACAGCCCACCAGAAAAUGAUAUGACCACAAAUUGCAUCAGUUUUUCCCUCUCUGAUCAGUUCAUGGAAAAGUACAUAGAACCUGGAAACCACAAUAGUGGCACAGAUCUGAAUCGGACUUAUCUCUGGAGGUUGCAGUUUCUCUUGCCCUUUGUUAGCCUUGGCCUCAUGUGCUUUGGGGCUCUGAUUGGGCUCUGUGCUUGUGCCUGUCGCAGCCUUUACCCUGCCAUUGCCACUGGAGUCCUCCAUUUCCUUGCAGGGCUUUGUACACUGGGCCUCGUUGGCUGCUAUGUAGCUGGGAUUGAGCUGCUCCACAAGAAGCUGCCCCUGCCUGAUGAUGUGAGGGGUGAAUUCGGCUGGUCCUUCUGCCUAGCUUGUGUCUCGGCACCUUUACAAUUUAUGGCAGCUGCUCUUUUCAUCUGGGCAGCUCGCACCAACAGGAAAGAAUUCACUCUUCUGAAAGCGUACCGUGUAGCAUAAGUGCUACCACCUAAGUAUUAGGUUUCCAUGUUAUAGCCUCUUCUUUCCCCACCCCUUACCACUUUUGUUUCUUCUUUUAGUGAGAAUUUUACCUUGUUACUGCAUGCUUCUUGCCAGUUGAGACAGUAUAGCCUGCAGGCCCUGAAGAAAGAGACUUCUGGGCUAAAUGAGCAAACUGUGCCAGGAGUCUGCAGAAUUGAAUAGUGUUUUUUUUUUUUUUUAACAUUUUUUAAUACUUUUUUUUUUUUGAACUUCAUUUGGUUAUUGAAUAUGCCUUUUUAGGCAUUCAUGCCCCUUCCUAAUUUUAUUAUCCUGUCAGCCUGGAGGAAAUAGAAGAGGCAUUGUGAGGUGGAAGAGGCAUAGGAGGAGAAAAGAUGUAGGUAAGCAAGAAUAGGAACUGCAGUGCACAAUUAAUAAAUAAUCCGGCAUUGUCUGCUAAGUGACCUCACAGGCACCCCACAAAGAGCACACAAGAGGCAUGAGUGAACAUAGAAACCUCUGCAAUGGAAACGCUGUAGCUACGUCAGUGCUGUAGCUUAGCUUUGAAUCUCUUAGUCUCACUCCUUUGCCACUUUCUGUGGCUUCUGCCAAGACUGAAAUAAGUAAAACAGCUGCUUGUGGCAGUGUGUGCACAGCACACAUCCUGAACACAGAUUCUGUGCUUGCUUUUGCCAAGCAGCAGGAUAAAUUGGCGUGGGUGGAGCUUUGUGCUAGAGCUGCACUGCUUCCAGGACGCAGGCUAGUUUGGUAUCUGCAAUGCCAGUGAGUGUGCUCUAUGAUCUUAACUUGUGGUGCUUUUGCUUGCUGUGAAUAAGGCUUUCCUCUCCCUUGUUUUGUUGGAAACAGCUCCUCACAACUUUUUAUUUUUAAUUUGGUUUAGUGUGAGUGUAUAUGUAUAUAAAUUAACUUUUGUAAAGCUCACAUAUUUAUCCUAUGUAGCAUACCACAGGGUUGUGUUUUUCUUUUAUAAAAAGAUGCUGCUCUCUUCCCACUUUGCCCCAGACCUGUUGUUGAAAUGAAAUAAAAAGAGAGCAAAAGCUCAAAAAUUGUAUCAGUGUUGCAUGAAUUGGGAGGAUUAGGGAAUGGUCUGAAAUGAAUUUUACUCGAGGAAAGAAAAGCCAGUGUUUGUACAAAUUUUACUUGGGGAAAGAAAAGCCAGUGUCUAGAAAAUGUCUUUUUCUGUCUUCAGGGAAAUGUGACCAGAAACAGGAUGUUUGAUCAGAUUUGUUACUAAACCUUUCAACUCCUGCCAACUUUACAUUUUCCCCUGAUCAUUGUUGGGAGUGGGGGGUACAAAGCUUCAUAAUUCCUAAUUAGCUCACAACCUCUGCAUGUGUCUCUUCUAUACCACUGCAGGUCUGCCCAGACUGGGUAGCAUGUCUUAUUAAGAAAACAGUGUUGUAAAACUAAACUGUGUAGUUCUGA